AUGGCCAACAAGCUGAAAACCACUCUCUAUCGGCUUAACAGCUUACUGAACCUGGGCACAUAUGUAAUCUUCAGAAUAAGCACUUUGGCAUGGAUGACAAGGUGGUUGGUACUAAACCGAGAGAACAUUCCUCUUCUCAUCUAUACUAUUGGUAGUGUUGGAAUGGCCAUUAUGACUGUGAUGAACAUUGUACUUUUCUACCGACUCCUUCGAAGUGAUUUUCUGAAGUCAACCCGUGACUUGCCAAGUGAGAAGGAUAAAUAA